AUGUCAGGUCCGGAGCAUCACCUGCAGCAGCCCCCAAGGCGAUGUGGAUUGCGCCACGACGAAGCCCAGCUCUUCGAGGAGCAAGUGGAGACCAUCAUGAGUUGUUUCAGCGCCGCCAACUGCGCUUGGCAAGUGGACGCCUGGCAGCUGUGCAACGUGUCGUGUGGCAUCGGGCACCAGGAGCGAGUGGUGCACUGCCCCACCGGAAGUGACUCGGACUGCCCAGUGCAGAGGCCCAGUGUGCUGCAGCGCUGCUACCGGCAGGACGGCUGUCGAUGGCUUGAGGGACAGUGGAGUCAGUGCAGCGGCAGCUGUGAAGCGGGCACACGCUCCAGGAACGUGACCUGCUUGAGUGGAGAUGCAUCGGAUUGCUCGCAGGCAACUCGACCACUGGAUCAAGAGGCUUGCAACCAACAAGCGGCAGGCUGUCUCUGGUCCGUGGGCCCCUGGAGCGCCUGCAGUGCCUUGAGCUGCGGUUCCCUCGGCUCGCGCGUGCGCGAGGUCCUGUGCCCCUCGCGGCAUGGCACAGCUGGCUGUGCGGCCAGCAAACCCCGUGAAGUCGAAGCGUGUCUGUCCGAGACCGUCUGCGAAUGGCGCUCCACCGAGCAGUGGAGCGAUUGUGAUGCUUCCUGCGGCUCGGGCGUGUCCACCCGUGUGGUGUCGUGCAGCGCGGGCCGAGACGAGGAAUGUCCUGGUGAGAAGCCGGCGAGCAAUGCCACCUGCGGCUUGGGCUACGAAACUCGGAGUUUGGUCUGUGGGGCCGAGAGCUGUGAUCCUGGCAGUGCGCCUGUGAGUGUUCGUGCAUGCAGAAGUACCAUGCACUGUGAGUGGCAGAUUGGCGAUUGGGGGCUCUGUAGCACCUCGUGCGGCGACGGCGUCUCGGCACGUCCCGUGGCGUGUCCCAGUGGUGAGGACGCGGAUUGCGCCUUCAGCGCGAGGCCUUUGGAUCGCAAGGAGUGUCGCAAUGUCACAGGUUGCACAUGGUCCACCUCCAGUUGGUCGGUCUGCAGCCAGAGUUGUGGUGAAGGCACUCAAACCAGAGCUGUUCUUUGUCCCAGCGGUAGCGCAGCAGACUGCGAAGCUUCGUCGAAGCCCAUGGCGCUGCAAAGCUGCCAGGGACGCCUCGGGUGUCAGUGGCAGAUGGGCGACUGGUCCAGCUGCUCGAGCCAUUGUGGAGACGGUACCCGCGCACGUUCGGUCCGCUGCUCCGGAACGGAUGUGGAGCAUUGCAACGCCUCGACCAGGCCGCUCUCAGAGGAGCCGUGCAGUGGGAGCGCCUGCGACGCGUGGACUUUGAGCGAGUGGUCACCUUGCUCCACACAGUGUGGCGACGGAGUGCAGCAACGCAGUGUGCAGUGCAACGAGCCUACGAGCUGUGGAGAAAGUCCCGCCUCCCAACAGGUGUGCUUCGAGACUGUUGGGUGUCACUGGCUGGUGGGCAGCUGGUCCAACUGCAGCGAGGGCUGCGGUCUGGGCACACGCAGUCGGGAGAUCCGCUGCUCAGGCGGUCCUCAGGAGUUUUGUUCGGCCGCCCGGCCGGCCGACCGGCAGAGCUGCGAUGCGGACAGCGCGGCCAGGUUCAUGAUCGGCCCCUCCUGCGGCUGGACGACUGGAGCCUGGUCCGCGUGCGGUGUGAACUGCGGGCCGCAGCAGAGGGAGGUGACCUGCAGUGCGUCGUGCUUUGGAAAGGCACCCAGUGCUCUGCGGCCCUGUCAGGGGCCUGAUGGCCUCCCCGGUGGGGAAGCGAACCGGUCAGCGUCGCAGGACGCUGCAGCGUGCGCAGAGCAGGGGAACGCCAGUGCCAGGUUCGAGGUUUCGUUGUUGAUGGAUGACCUUUCGACUGAGCUUCUCUCCAACUUGGUGGCGGGAACCCAAGAGCGACGAACUGCGUUUGCACUUUCGCUCUUUUUGUUGUCCCACAUCGUUCGCGACGCCAUGACGACCACGGAAGUGGUGAGCAGUGGGACCUACUCCUGGCAGCGACAAGUGCAGGUGAGCGUGCCACCAAAUUGGAAGAGGUUCCUGCUGAUGUUGCCGAUCCUCUAUGCCAUUGACUUGGUCUCCUGGCCUGGAACGAAGACCUGGGAAUUGGCGGAGCUCAUUCGGAACGCCGCGAUCGCCUACGGCGUGCUGUCCUGGACCCCGGUGGUGCUGGCUCUCUCCGCCGGGGAAGGGGUCACCAAGUGGGAUUCGGCUAUCUACGGUGCCUACAUCAACUUUUGUAUUUUCGCUUGCUUCCAGGGCACUUCUCUGGUGUUCUUUGAAACCUACCGACAAUUGAAUUGGUGGACGCCGGUGUUGGACACGAUCUGGGGCACCUUCUCAGGUGGGUUGACUUGCCUUUUGACCCACAUCCUCUGGGACAGGUGUUGCGGCUGGAGAAAGAUGGAUACCGCAGAGACGCCGAAAGCCGGCGCGGUGUAG